AUGAACUCUACAAGCAGUGACCUCUGUGACCCCAGCCCAGGGCUCUACCAGCAGAUCGUGGGAACUGGACUGUUUCUGGUGGCGUGGCCUCUGGUGGUGAUUGAUUCGAGGUUCCUCCCACUUGGCCGGCCAGCCGCGGCUCUUCUCGGAGCAGCCAUGAUGGUGUUCUUCUCUGUCAUCUCCCAGGACGAGGUCUACGAGGUUGAAGCUCGCCAGGGUAACCUCCAAACCCUUUUCCUAUUGGUGGGUAUGAUGCUACUGGCCUACUAUUUCGACAGAGAAGGUCUCCUGCGAUUGCUUGCUCUCUCAAUCUUCGGCUCAACUAGCACACCGAUGCGCUCGGUGCUGUGGAGAGUGUGUCUCCUGGCUGGGGUCUUGGCUGCGUUCAUCACAAACGAUGCCACAGCUUUGGUUCUGAGUCCACUGUUGCUGAUUGAGUUCAAACGGCAGGGUCGUCCCCACAAGGAGAUCCUGCCUCUGGCUCUGGGGAUCACCACCUCUGCCAAUAUUGGCAGUGCAGCGACUGUCUUUGGAAACAGACAAAAUGCAGUCAUAUCUUCCGCAGCAGACAUUCCUCUCAUUGAGUUCUUGAAGACCGAGCUCCCCGCUGCCGUGCUGGGUUUAGCGAUCAGUGUGGGUCUGCUCUACAUCCUGUUCUACAGAGUUCUCUUUGGACAGAGGAGUGAGAAGGAGGACGAGGAAGAGAGAAAGGAAAGGAAAAGAGCGUAUGCAGAGGGUGUGGAGCUGCAGCCUUGCGCGGGGACCAUUGCCGAAGAGAGACACGCAACUUUUCUAGACCUAGACCACACCUCUGACCCCUUGCUCACUAGUCAGAUUGCUCAAGAAAGGGAGGCGAUGUUUGUUGGAGACCAGCUGAUUCCCUCUAGAUCUCAACACAGCAUUGGACACGGUCGCGCACGACUGUCAACCUCAUGCUCCCUACACAGUCUGAGUCGCGGUCGUAGCUGCCACAGUAUCAGCUCCCAUCACCACCAUGUGGGUCACAGUCCUGGGCCUGUGCUGGUGGAGGUAACCCUGCCAGAGAUCAGAGUCACGCACAGUCAGCCCAGGGUGGAAGGGGAAGAGGAAGAGGUGGUGGAGGUGUUGAGGGAGAGAGAUGUUGUUGUGGUGGAGUCCUACCCUGACCCCGUCCCCCUCACUACUCCACUCCGGGAGAGAGGACGCAGAGACCUUCUUUUCAUUGCCUGGUUGGCCUUCAUCUCAGUCCUGACUGUGGUUCUCCUGGCCCUGCCUCCUCCUCCAGUUGUCGCGGCAGAGUUCAACCUCGGGGUGGUCCCUCUGGGUGCAGCGAUCCUCACCAUGUUCGUCGACUCAAUCCUCAACAGGAGAACGUCGUUUGAGGCCAUAGCAAGCAUUGACUGGACAGUGGUCCUCAUGCUAAUGGGUCUGUUUGCUUGGCUGCGAGGGUUCCAAAAUACCUGUGUCCCCCACUUGGUGUUUGAGAGUCUUUCCCCAUAUAUGGACCUCCACACCUUCUCUGGCGCCAUACUCUUCACCGUUUUUGUUGUAGUGGGCUCCAACAUCUUCAGCAAUGUCUCGCUUACCAUCCUAAUGGUGGACAAGUUGCCCCUCCUCUUCUGUGGGGGUGUGGCCUGUCGCGGACCUCUGGGAGGACUCUUAUUAUCGUGGGUGGUGACAGUCUCGGGGAAUAUGACCCUCAUUGGAGCCAUCACCAACCUGAUAGUUGCGGAGAAGACACGCAGCAUUGCUGGGUACCGACUGACUUUCCUCAGAUAUGCCCGUUUCGGCCUCAUUUCCAGUCUCAUUGUCAUAUUCACUGGCCUUCCAGUUGUCUACACUCUUGCAAGAUACACCACCGAGUCCUAG